AGUGCGUGGAUGGCGGGAAGCGGUACGAGAACAGGGAUGUGUGGGUAUCAUCAUCUGAUCCUUGUCGUGUGAACCAGUGUCGUGAGGGUCGUAUCAUCACAAGGCCACGUCAGACGUGUAACCAUACCUGUACACACGGCACUAUUCGGCGUAACGAGUGCUGCUCCAGCUGUACAGACUGUCUGUACGACGGCGAGACCUACAGUGAUGGUCAGAGCUUUAUGAUGCCUGGGGACAGUCUACAGAGGUGUACAUGUACCGCAGGAAAUGUAAAGUGUAAUCAGAUUGGUCCAUGUCCACCACUCAGGUGUAGUGUUACAGAAACUCCAUCAGGUGCUGUUUGUCCUGUAUGUAAAGGUUGUUCCUACAAUGGCCAAGUUUACCAACAUGGAGAUACUGUCUCAGCUAGUCGAUGUACUAUCCUCAGAUGUAGGGAGGGUCAAGUACUUUCGGACAGGGUCCAGUGUCCUCCUCCACCAUGUCUUAACCCCGUAGAGGUGGACGGUCAGUGUUGUCCAGUCUGUAAGGAGUGUUCAUUUGAAGGGAGGCACUACAGAGAAGGGUCUACCUUCCCCCAUCCAAGUAAACCUUGUGAGACCUGUCACUGUCAGCGGGGUGAGGUACGGUGUAGGAAGACUUCAGUAGAUACCUGUCCCCCAGUCACCUGUCGCUACCCAGAGACCCGCCCUGGGGACUGUUGUCCAUCCUGUGGGGGCUGUAACUAUCUAAAUAGACACUUCCAGAAUGGUCAGAAGUUUGUCCCCCCAGGUGGAGAUGCUUGCAGAGUAUGCGUGUGUGAGGCAGGCACAGUAAACUGUACACGAAUGGAGUGUAGCCCUGUGACCUGUCCCAACCCAGUACGCCCUGCUGGUCGCUGUUGUCCUGUGUGUCCUAUCAAUUGUAACGUCCUCGGCACACGCUACAGAGAGGGUCAGUCAUUCGGGGACACCAUGGACCCCUGUACCAGGUGUACCUGCUGGGGAGGGAGGAUCACCUGUCAGUCCCAUGCCUGCCCCAGUACUGGCUGUACUAACCCAGCCCGACGUCCCGGUCAGUGCUGCCCCUCCUGUAGUCAAUGCGAGUACAACAACAGGGUAAUCAGGAAUGGUCAAGUCCACAUUGAUCCACUUCAGCCCUGCCAAGAGUGCAAAUGUACUGAUGGGACCAUCACCAAUGUGACAGUGUCAUGUCCUCCACUCACAUGUGACCGACCCGUGACUCUGCCUGGACGUUGUUGUCCAGUCUGUGAAGAUGACAUUCCAGCCCCUACAUCUGACCUAACUUGUGAAGUGAGCCAAAUUACAUACCGGGAGGGGGCCACCAUGCCCCAUCCCUCAGACAAGUGUCAGGAGUGUUUCUGUAGACGAGGUCGAGUGGAUGACUGUCGACAGAAGUUGUGUGCCCAGACUCGUUGUAACAGUCCAGUAUUUACACAAGAGGAAUGUUGUCCACAAUGUACAGACUGUAACUUCGAGGGUUUGAUCCAUAAGAGUGGUAGUAGAUUUACACACCCAGUGAGACGUGACCAGACUUGUACCUGUACUCGAGGUAACGUGAUGUGUGAGUGUAAUCACUGCCAGCCUCUUACCUGUCGUAACCCCGCCCCUGCCAACAGUACCUCAUGCUGCCCGACCUGUCACCACUGUCUCCAUGGAAACCAGGAUCGCGGUAAUGGCACACAAUUCCCAUGUGGAGAAUCUUGUACUACCUGUACAUGUAUAAAUGGUAACAUCAAGUCCAUGGCUCAGGCUUGCUCACCAGUUGACUGUCAACAUCCAGUUACAGAUGGCUGCUGUCAGAACUGUGACCAGUGUUCCUACCAGGGUCGUACCUAUAGUGAUGGCCAACGCUUCUCGGACCCUCGUAAUGACUGUAACCUGUGUAUAUGUGACAGGGGCACAGUCACCUGUCAGGCCAAGUCUUGUCCUGCCCCAACCUGCAGCUAUCCCUCAAAUGGCUUGUGCUGUCCUGAGUGUGGAAACUGUAUGUACCCAAACUCGGCUGGCCGACUCAUCAGGAAUGGUCAUCGUGUUCCCAGUGACCAGGAUGUAUGUACCGAGCACCUGUGUAGGAACGGUGAAAUUGCUAACCUCACCAAGCGUUGUGUGGGAGUGUCCUGUCAAAACCCAGUCACUCGUGACUGUUGCCAGGAGUGUACCGACUGUCUGUACCGAGGAUUGGAGAGGAGGAAUGGGGAAUAUUUCAAGAACCCUGAUGAUGGCUGCAGUACCUGUCAAUGUGUGGAUGGUAAUGUUAGGUGUAGUCGUAAGCCAUGUAACCCAGUCGACUGUAAUUGUCCUGCAGUCAAAGGAUGUUGUCCAGUUUGUGGUGACUGUUUCUAUCGUAACAAAUUUUACGUUGAUGGACAGAACUUCACAGACCCUAAUGAGACGUGUGUGAAGUGCGAGUGUCAGCAGGGAAAUGUACGAUGUGCUCGUGUAUCUUGUCCACUCCUGCUUUGUCCAGAGAAUGUCCAGUUUUAUGGUAGUAACCGAUGCUGUAAGCAAUGCCCCACACCAGACCGCCUUGUUGACUGUUCAUAUGAGGGCCAGCGUUACACACCUGGUCAGAUAUUCCCUUGCGGCUGUGACACCUGUACCUGUCGACGUGAUGGUACAUUGGACCUACGUCGUACUGACUGUCCCCCUGCCUUCUGUAAGGAUCCCCGCACUAGUGGUGUGUGCUGCCCAAGCUGUGAAUACUGUGAGCUGCAACAGUCGACAGAUCUGGCCCGAACAAUGGUCCUGAGCAAUGGCGAGCGAAGGGAUGACCCACGGGAUAGCUGUACCACCAUUAUAUGUGAGAAUGGAAACAUUGCACGUUUAUCACGAUCCUGUGAUGUUCAAUGUACUCAUGCCGUCCCACCAUCACUGGGCAAGUGUUGUCCAGAGUGUACAGACUGCUUCUACCGCGACAGUACAGGGGCCGAACAGAUCAUCAGACACACCCAGACCUACUCUGACCCUGGCUACCCCUGUAGGGACUUCAUCUGUCAGUUUGGUAAUUUAACCCAGCAACAGAGGACAUGUAAUUUUGUGACAUGUGACAAUCCUACGAGAGAUCGCUGUGGAUGUGAUGUUUGUGAUUCCUGUCUAUAUAAUGGUGUACAGUACAUUGAUGGGGAAAUCUUUAACCACUUGUUUGACCCCUGCCAGGAGUGUGAGUGUAAG